GGUUGCGCAGUACUGCCGCCGCUGUCGCCGUGGUGAGAGGAGUGGAUACGAUGGCUGGGCCCGCGUGGAUAUCCAAGGUCUCUCGGCUGCUGGGGGCAUUCUACAACCAAAAACAGGUGACCAGAGGUUUUGCUGGUGGUGUUAAGACGGUAACUUUAAUUCCAGGAGAUGGAAUUGGCCCAGAAAUUUCAGCCGCAGUUAUGAAGAUUUUUGAUGCUGCCAAAGCACCUAUUCAGUGGGAGGAGCGGAAUGUCACCGCCAUUCAAGGACCGGGAGGAAAGUGGAUGAUCCCUCCAGAAGCCAAAGAGUCCAUGGAUAAGAACAAGAUGGGCUUGAAAGGCCCUUUAAAAACCCCAAUAGCCGCGGGUCACCCAUCCAUGAAUUUAUUGCUGCGUAAAACAUUUGACCUUUAUGCAAAUGUCCGACCAUGUGUCUCAAUCGAAGGCUAUAAAACCCCUUACAGUGAUGUAAAUAUUGUCACCAUUCGAGAGAACACGGAAGGAGAAUACAGUGGAAUUGAGCAUGUGAUUGUGGAUGGAGUUGUGCAGAGUAUCAAGCUCAUUACUGAGGGGGCGAGCAAGCGCAUCGCGGAGUUUGCCUUUGAGUAUGCGCGGAACAAUCUCCGGAGCAACGUCACGGCCGUGCACAAAGCCAACAUCAUGCGAAUGUCAGAUGGGCUUUUUCUGCAAAAAUGCAGGGAAGUUGCAGAAAACUGUAAAGAUAUUAAAUUUAAUGAGAUGUACCUUGAUACGGUAUGUUUGAACAUGGUCCAGGAUCCGUCCCAGUUUGAUGUCCUUGUUAUGCCAAAUUUGUAUGGAGACAUCCUUAGUGACCUGUGUGCAGGACUGAUUGGAGGUCUUGGUGUGACACCAAGUGGCAACAUUGGAGCCAAUGGAGUUGCAAUCUUCGAGUCGGUUCACGGGACCGCCCCAGACAUCGCGGGCAAGGACAUGGCCAACCCCACAGCCCUCCUGCUCAGUGCCGUGAUGAUGCUGCGCCACAUGGGGCUUUUUGACCAUGCUGCAAAGAUUGAGACAGCAUGUUUUGCUACAAUUAAGGAUGGGAAGAGCUUAACAAAAGAUUUGGGAGGCAAUGCAAAAUGCUCAGACUUCACGGAAGAAAUCUGUCGCCGAGUAAAAGAUUUAGAUUAAGGCUUCUACAAAUGGUUUUGCCUCAGUCACUCCUAACGGACUCCAUGUCAGCCUGUAUUAGAAUACCUCCCAUUAUGUAUGCAUUUAUGCAUUUGUUGCUUGUUUCUUGACAGAGUACAUUUUUAGACCUGGCCUUUUCUUAACAAAAUCUGUGCAGAGGAUGCAGGUGAUGUCCCUGGGCCUGCUUUCAAAGGACUUUAUCCAAGUGCUUGUUUUAUUUAUUAAAUGUCUGUCUGGUACACAGUUUUGACAACUCUUAGUGGACUGUAUCAUUUGCCAUUGUUAACCAUUUUACGCUUUAGUUACAACAGUUUUUCUUUAACUGUAAAUAUGAUACAGAAUUAAUAUGAGAAAACAUAACUUUUUCAAGAAAAACAAUGAUUUCCUUGGUUUAUGAAAAAUAUAAUGGAAAUAAAAUAGAAUGUUGACAUAUUAGCACAAGAUGAUAUUCUUAUAAAACUAAAUGGGCACAAGAGAAAUUUCCUGGGAAAGUUUACAUCAGAAACAGUGAAUAUGGUAUAUUUCUUAGUGAUAUGGAAAGUAAAGACUGAUUUGUGCUUUACAUGAAUUACUGAGUAUGAAUAAAGACUUCAGAUCCGAGAAAUAUAUAAUGAGAGAUGUAGUUUUUGUUAAUAAGAUAUGGGUACUAUAUCGGGUACAAAGAC